CAGGCGGGGCGGGCCCGUGGUCACGCCCUCGCGCGAGUCCUCGCCGCCAGCCGCCAGCCGCCAGCCGCCAGCCGCCGGCCGGGAGGAAGCGCCAGAGCGCGCUGGUCCCCUCGGAGCCCGGGCGCCCUGUGGCCCGCGCUUGGGACACCGCCCGGCCAGCUCCGGGCGCCGCGGCGGGGCGCCGCGGCGGGGAUGCGAGAGCGCCCGGGAUGGCAGUCUCAGGGGUGUCCCGAAGAUGCGACAUCCUCACUGUCUACAGCCCAGAUGCCGAGGAAUGGUGCCAGUACCUCCAGGACCUCUUCCAGGCCAGUCGGCAGGUGCGCACCCAGAAGUUGCUGACGCACAGGCUGGGCCCCGAUGCCUCCUUCUCGGCCGAGGACCUGCUCCUCUUCCUGGGCGCCCGCUGCGUGGUGGUGCUGCUCUCGGCCGAGUUGGUGGAGCACUUCUACCGGCCGGCGCUGCUGCCGCUGCUGCAGAGGGCGCUGUACCCGCCACACCGCGUGGUGCGGCUGCUCUGCGGGGUGCAGGGAGCCCAGGACGAGUUCCUGCCCUUGUUUCCGGACUGGGCCGACUGGCAGGAGCUGACCUGUGAAGAUGAGCCCGAGGCCUAUGUGGCCGCGGUGAGGAAGGCCAUUUCAGAAGAUUCUGGCUGUGACUCAGUCACUGACACAGAGCCUGAGGACGAGAAGGUCCUUUCCCAGUCAAAGCAGCAGAGCCUGUCAACGACAGAGACUUCUUCUGGAAACCUGAUGGUGGUGCAGCCGGACCGCAUUCGCUGUGGGGCAGAAACUAUUGUCUACAUCAUUGUGAGAUGUAAGUUGGAUGAGAGGGUAGCAACAGAGGCAGAAUUUUCUCCUGAGGAUUCUCCCUCUGUGAGGGUAGAAGCCACACUGGAGAAUGAGUACACAGUUUCUGUGAGGGCGCCUGAUCUUUCAUCUGGGAAUGUUUGUCUGAAGAUUUAUUCCGGGGAUUUAGUGGUGUGUGAAGCUGUUAUCAGCUACUAUACUGACAUGGAGGAAAUUGGGAAUUUACUGUCCAGUGCUGCAAAUCCUGUGGAGUUUAUGUGCCAGGCUUUUAAAAUUGUGCCCUACAACACAGAGACCCUUGAUAAACUGCUGACGGAGUCCCUGAAGAACAAUAUUCCUGCAAGUGGACUGCACCUUUUUGGAAUCAGCCAGCUGGAAGAGGAAGAUAUGAUGACAAAUCAGAGGAAUGAAGAGCUGCCUACCUUACUGCAUUUUGCUGCAAAGUAUGGACUGAAGAACCUCACCGCCUUGCUACUCACCUGCCCAGGGGCCCUCCAGGCAUACAGUGUGGCCAACAAGCAUGGCCACUACCCCAAUACCAUCGCCGAAAAACAUGGCUUCAGGGAUCUCCGGCAGUUCAUCGAUGAGUACGUGGAGACAGUGGACAUGCUGAAGAGCCACAUUAAAGAGGAGCUGAUGCAAGGAGAGGAGGCUGAUGCUGUGUAUGAGUCCAUGGCCCAUCUGUCCACAGACCUGCUCAUGAAAUGCUCCCUCAAUCCCGGAUGUGAUGAGGAGCUGUAUGAGUCCAUGGCUGCCUUUGCCCCAGCAGCCACAGAGGACCUCUAUGUUGAAAUGCUUCAGGCAAAUACAUCUAAGACAGUCUCUGGAGAUGGUUUCUCUAGGCCUACUAAGGAUUCUAUGAUCCGCAAGUUUUUAGAAGGUAACAGCACAGGAAUGGCCACUUUGCAGAGAGAGCAACAAUGUCUUGGCGAGGAAGAUGUUUAUCACACGUUGGAAGAUGAUGAGACCUUUUGCAUGGACCUGGCCAGCAGGCCUCCUGUCCCUGUACCCAGGCCAGAGACCAGUCCUUCUGGUGCUCAUCAGCUGCCUGACAAUGAACUGUACAUUUCCAAAGUUUUUGCAGAAAAAAGUCAAGAACAGCCUGGGAAUUUGUAUGUUUCCUCAGAGCACUUCCGGAAAGAGCCACCUGUCAGACCAUGGAGGGACAGGCCCCAGUCAAGUGUAUAUGACCCAUUUGCUGGAAUGAAGACGCCGGGCCAGCGGCAGCUCAUCACACUGCAGGAACAGGUGAAGCUGGGCAUUGUCAACGUGGAUGAGGCCGUGCUGCACUUCAAGGAGUGGCAGCUCAACCAGAAGAAGCGGUCUGAGUCCUUUCGCUUCCAGCAGGAGAACCUUAAGCGGCUAAGAGAUAGCAUCACCCGAAGACAGAAAGAGAAGCAGAAGUCAGGGAAGCAGGCAGACCUGGAGAUCACAGUCCCCAUCCGGCACUCCCAGCACCUGCCUGGGAAAGUGGAGUUUGGAGUCUAUGAGAGCGGCCCCAGGAAAAGCGUCCUCCCUUCAAGAACAGAGCUAAGGCGUGGUGACUGGAAAACAGACAGUACCUCCAGCACAGCGAGCAGCACGAGUAAUCGCUCAAGCACACGAAGCCUCCUCAGUGUGAGCAGUGGAAUGGAAGGUGACAAUGAGGACAAUGAAGUCCCGGAAGUUACCAGAAGUCGUAGUCCAGGCCCCCAACAAGUGGAUGGAACACACACCGUGCCCUCUGAGAGGCCCCCCAGGGUGCCUCCUCGAGCCGCCUCGCAGAGGCCUCCAACCAGGGAGACCUUCCAUCUUCCUCCACCUGUUCCACCCAGAGGUCGCUGAUUCCAUCUCCUAAACUCUGCCUACUUGAAAACAUUAAGACUUGCAACUUUCAGCCUGUUAAUGAUGUCUUCAUGUUGUGUUUUCUGGUGUACUACUGAUUUUAAUAUCCACUCUCAUUGCUCAUAUUGUUGCAGUUCUAAUGGGCUGGGUUAUCCCUGAAAAAUACAUUAUCAAGAUAGGAAGAGUUAAAGACUCUGUACACCAUCAUCAAGAAUAUUGAUCCAUAUUCUUUUCUCCAAAAACAAAAAAAAAGACCCCCCCCCAAUGGACUUAUUUAGGACAUUUACCUCUACUUUUCUAUAUCAAAAGCCCAGUAAGAUUGAUUAGAAGUGUACUUAGAUGUGAUUUUACUGCAGUGUACUUAUAUUACUCCUAAUGUAUUUGCUAGUCCAGCCGAAUUUCUAGAAAUUAUUAUGGUAUAAGACUUACACAGUAUUCAAAUAAGAAAGUGGCAUAAUUUUAAAAUAGUUCUUCUGUUUGCCUAUAUAUUUAGGAGGGUAACAUACAACAAACUGAAAAAGACCUUAGAAAGGGAUGAGUCCUAACUUCUCAUGUAGGUAAGGCAAAUCUGAGGUCCCAUAGAAAUCUAGAACCAAGACUUCUCAGAGGUUUAAGAGGAAGAGAUCUGAACCUAUUGAUUGUAGAUCAAUGUACUUCCUAUCUCUAGCAAGCUAAUUCAUCUUUUCUUCAAGAUACGCCCAGAUGUAGAAAUUCAUCAGUGAGGCUGGAUGUGGUAGAGCACCCCUAUAAUCCCAGCACUCAGGAGACUGAAGCAGGAGGAUAGCUGUGAGGUUGAGGUCAACCUGAAGUAGAAAGUGAGUUUGAGGCCAGCCUGAACUGCCUAGUGAAACCCUGUCUGAAAAAAGAUAGAAAAAAAAAAAUUCAUCAGUGACUAUAAGCCUUUUGGAAGUUUCUCCUUUUCUCAUCUCCCAGGUAUGCAGCUACCAAGUACUUCCUUCAGUUUGGAUACUUAUAACUCAUUGUGCUUUCAAACCAUCGAUUUUGCCAAGGAACCAAUGAAAAUUGUUAGAACUAGAAGCACAGGAUCCCAAGGACUUCACCUAUUUGCUCUAUUGCCUUUUUUAUUUUUAUACUUUAAAGAUAAUAGACUCCAACAAAACAAAACAGAACAAAGCCAAUCAAAACAAAGCGGCAAAAUUGGUACAGAACUGGAAAGCAGGAUACUAGGAAAAUAGCUAGCAUAGCAUAUCUUGUUAUCUUCACAUUAGCUGUCCAUUCCAUCAGGUAUAGCAACAUCAAACCAAAACAAAACAGAGUAAAACAAAUCAAAACAGAACACUGAAUAAAGCAAAACAAUUAAUCAGAACAAAAUGAAAUAAUAACACUGUUGGACUUAAAAGACAGAAGGAAUUUCCCCAUAUUUGUUGUAUUGCAUUCUGUCAUCCUCACAACAGAUGUUCAGAUUGCCAGCCCCAGGCUUGCAAAAUCAACCAAACAAUACAAGAAUUUAGUUGCUUUUUGUACCGCAGUUGCUAUCAACUCAGCUUUUCCUCCAGAUCAUUGUUACUUACAGUGGGGUGAGUAGGCUCAUAGGACUGACUUUUCUCUUUUUGGACCCUGCAUGGCUUGUGUGGCUUAUCAGAAAGGCUGGCUAGUUGGCUUCUUGUUUGACUCCUCCCAGUCCCAGCAUAGCCGAUUAUCAGGAGGUGCUGACUUUUCUCUUUCUGGAUCCUGCAUCUGUUCUAUUGCCUGUUAAGUAUUUAGUUCUAACCAUAAAGACAGAGAAAGACUGUUAUUUCUCUCUGCUGAGGGAUCUGAAAAGGAAGAAACUAAAUAGAAAUACUUUGAAUACUUUAUUGUAUUUUAUUCUUACAUUAAAAUAAAUAGAAAACAUAAAAUUCAAAAUA